AUUAACACUAAUUCAAACCAACAUUAAUGCUCAACUUAUUGUUAUUAAUGUUUGAAAUACAUGUCUCAAAUUCUUAGUGAACAUAUUGUAGUAGCUCAGUUUAUGACCAAUUCCUUACACUGGCGGAGGAUUCAUUUAAUCCAAUCCUUUUCUGUUGUUUUCCUUUACUGGUUUUAUUACAUUUCAUGAUUUUUGCUCUACUUUAUUAGAUCCAAACUAUAUAUAAAUAUAUAUAAAAAAUCAUAUAUCCAUCCUCAUAAUAAUAAUUAAUAAAAAUUACCAUCUGGGUCCUGCUUAUUUUCUUCAUAUUCACUCUCUAAAAUCAAUAAUAUCAUUAUUUGCUCUGUUUUUACUCUGUUUUUGCUCUGUUUUUAUCAAGAUUUGAAUCUAUAUAAACACUCAUAUCUUUCAAGUUAUUUUUUUCUUUUUUUAGUAUCAUAAAUGGCAUCUUCUAGUGACACACCAGCAACAACAUCAUCAGGUGGAUCCUACCCAAUACAAAACUUAGGGUCUGAUGAAGAUAUUAAAAGACUACUAGAUGAAAGAAAGCGAAAAAGAAUGGACUCAAAUAGAGAGUCAGCUAAAAGAUCAAGAAUGCGUAAACAAAAGCAUAUAGAUGAUCUAACAAAUCAGGCAAGCCAGCUAAAAAUGGAGAACCAUCAAGUUAUGACUAAUGUUAGCAUGACCAUGCAACAUUAUACUAAUGUAGAGGCUGAAAACUCGGUUUUGAGAGCCCGGGUGGUUGAGCUGAGCCGCAGGUUGGAGUCGCUUAACCAGAUUAUAUCGGUUAUGAACCAAUCCAUGGAUACUGGUUGUGGCUUUGGAGAGGAGCAAUAUGGGCCGGGUGGUGUUGGGUUGAUGGAUGAGUUCAUGAAUGACUCAUUGGGCUGUUUUUAUACUAGCCAGCCGAUUUUGGCUUCUGCCAAUAUGAUUUAAGGGGUGUCUGGGGUUACGUUUUGAAAUCAAUUUGCAAAAAGCAUGUACCGCGCAUUUUCUCUAUAAAAACGCAGAUUAUCAAACGCAGUAAUAAUAUAUAUAGUUUUACA